AUGAGCAAACUCAAACUUAAUCCCACACUGGCCAAAAUGCCGACUUCAUUUUCACUGAAGCGUCAGAGAAACAUAAGAUUUGGUGAAGCUUCCUUUGAGCUGUUAUCAGACUUCCUGAGCAGCCUCAACAACCAAAACAAGUCUCACUUGGAGAAUGUUUCAAGUGUGUGUGGGAAUUUUAAAGACAGAAGAGUCGUUGAACAUGCAUUCUUUAUUUGUGAGGAGUUUCAACUUGACCCUUUGGUGGCGUAUCAUGCCAUUGAAAUACUAGAGAGAUUUAUGCCGAAGCACAUUGAGAAUUUAUUGUCUCAGCAGAAGACUGAGGUGUGUGACAGCGGUGUGUGUGCAGCCAAAGAAAACUACGAAGAGCUCGUCUUUCAGAGUCUGAGAGACAAAUUCUGUCUCUUCAUUAUUUCAAGUGUGCAAAUUGCCAGCAAAGUAACCAUAUAUACCAAUGUGAUUGACAACAGUUUUGCAUUGAGAUACCUUCAGCUGGUGGGUAUUGAGUGUUCCAAAGAGAAAAUAUUAGCAUCAGAGCUUCUCAUCUUGAAAACUUUGGACUUCAGAGUUAACGUACCAAAUCCCCUGUCAUAUGCGGAGACUCUUCUAGAAGUUCUUGGCCACAAUGACCCGAGUACACCUGUUGUACACCUGCAUGAGUUGUGCAGAUAUGUUCUUCAAUUUGUUUACCUGCAAAAGGAGUCAAUCUACAGCUCAUUACUUAGGACUGUAACUGGAUGUCUCAACCCCUCUCCAGAUCAACAGACCAGGUUUCUGUUUGUGACUGAAGACUGCAUGCUGUUAGGGGUUGGAGUGAUUGCUGUGGCUGCUUUCAUCUACCGAACAUCUGCUUGGGAGAAGGUAGUGGAGGAGCUCACGCUGAUCACCGGUAUCUCAUCAAAGAGCAUCAUGGAGUUUGCUCACGUGACCCUCAUGCACAUCACCAAGAACAAAGUCAAAUAACCUGAAGGAAAUAUGAAGGAGACUAUUUUGCUACAGAAAUAACUGUGGUAUCUUCAAAAUGCAAAACAUAUGCAAAAUAUCUCCAUGUCCCAGGAUUGUGUAAAAAGCAGCACAAAUGUAGAUAUACUAAUGAGUGGAACAUUUAAUGAUUGAUAGAUAAAAUGAAAAGAUUUAAUGCUUUUCAUUGUACAGUUCAUCUACAUUUGACAUUUUUUGGUUAUUUAUGAUUUGGCAUUGUGUUGUUUCAGUUUUCAGUGUCAUGCAUAAUAAAUUGGUAGAUUGGUA